CAGAAAGGAUAUUGAAAAUACUCUUUCGAUACAGUAUCAUGAAAUGGUUGAGAAAAAUAGAAAGAUAUUAACUUGUAUUGUAGAGACUAUUAUUUUGUGUGGAAAGCAAAACAUUGCAUUGAGAGGCCAUACAGAGGAGUCCAGCAAUUUCAAAGCUUUGCUGAGUUUUAAGGCCAAGGAUAAUUCUGUAUUAAGGCAACAUCUUGAGGAGGGAGACCCUCGGUCAAAAUACCUGUCUCCAUUAAUUCAGAAUGAACUAGUCACCAUUUGCGGAGAGGUAAUUUCUAGUGAGAUUGUAGAGGCGUGCAACAAGGCAGGAGCAUUCUCCCUCAUCGCCGAUGAGGCUUCCGAUGCUUCCACGAUGGAGCAGAUGUCUCUCUGCCUCCGUUUUGUCCAAGAUGGGACUAACAUGAUACGAGAGGAUUUUGUGGGUUUUGCAGAGACAGAAAGUACAACUGGUGAAUCACUCGCGAAUGCUUUUCUCGAAAAUCUGAGAAAUAUGGGUGUGAUUGUUGAAAACAUGAAGGGGCAAGGGUAUGACGGCGCCAGUAACAUGUCCGGGAAGACAAAAGGUGUCCAGGCACGAGUUAAAACCAUCAUCCCAGAGUCAGUGUAUACACACUAUAAAGCCCAUUGCCUCAACCUGGCCAUAGUCCACGCAUCAAAAGAGGCUUACCCCCGUAACAUGAUGAAUAUAGUGCAAACGAUAGCGUUUGCUUUUGAUUACUCGGCGAAACGUCUGCUGAGUUUUCAAUCCAAUCUGGAAAAUGACCAAGUCAGUAGGGAACAGAUGGAGAAGCGCAAGAAACUACAGACCUUGUGUGAGACGCGAUGGGCGGCCAGAGCUGACGCCUUGUACACGUUUCUUAGCUCAUUCAGGUAAACAUCACAUAUUAAAUUAUGAAUGUUUAUUCAUCUUGAUACAGUUGAAGAUAUCUACAGUCAAAAAAUGUUAAAUGACUUCUAAUAUGGUGCAAUAACGUCAUGGUGAUACCUCGUUUACACUCCCAAUACUAUAGGACAAACGUUCUGUGAGAUUUAAAGUACCCUUAUUCCUCGGCAUAUGUGGUAGCAGCGUUGUUAGCAAAAAUGCAGUCACUGUUCACUGAACUAUUUUGAAUCACUUUACUGUGCACUUUUAUUUAUUUGAGAAAGGCUAUUGCAAACA